GUCACACGCACGCUCUCAAGACAAUAAAUAAAAAAAAAUCGACAAUAAUUUUGAAAUUCGAACGCGUUUUAAAAAAUCUAUAUCUGAGCCGGCGAUGAUCGCUUGACGUUUGUUUUUUCGAGGAUUUUUUAAGUUGGACGGUUACAAUAUUGACUGAUUGGUAUUGGAUUGUAUUGUAUUGUAUAUAUUGUAAGCCACAGUGCGGGUGCGUGCGGAAGUUGUCGUCGGGUACAACAGGAUGCCGUGGUACUGGCGUUUAUGGGGCGCUCUGCUGUGCGCGUACGCAGUGCUGGCGCAGCGCGACAACGAGGGGCUGGUGCCGCGCGGCUCGCGCCUGCGCGUCAGCGAGCCGCCCAAGAGCGACGAGCCGAGCUGCGACCAGCUCAAGGCCAUGUGGAGAUUUUCGAAGCGGCAAGCGAGGGCGCCAGAGAUUAUGAACGAAGUCAAUUCGUACCGCGACCCACUCAUGUACAACGAGUGGCCGGCUUACACCGCUCUGCCCAGGGCAGCGCCGAGGUUCCGGUACCAGUACCCUUCAGUGCCCCGUGAGGCGUUCGGCAGAGUGGUGACCAAAGCGCCGCCGAACGUCGUCCGCACGCCGGACUAUGAUGAGAUGUUCGGGAUGCUUAACGUGCCACACACCUCAGGGAAGAUCCUGCGGUACCCUGGCCCGUCGCGGCCAAGAGGGCCUACAUUCAUGGUGCCACCGCAGAGAGAUAGGUUUGAGGCCCUGAAGAAGCUGAUCAGGCAAGAGCACGUACGCGAGCUGCAGAGGAAAUACGAGACGGAACAGAAACAGAAAGAACUGGCGACGGGGCGCAGCAGCAAUGACGAAUACCCAUACUACUACGGCGAGCAGGAGCAACGCGGACUCCAGAACUUACAGGCGGAGUACGGGGAUGAUCCCAGCACCAGGCACAACAAGAAGCCGCAAGCCGGUAGUCGCCAGGUGUCGCAGUUCUCCCGCUACUCCGACGCGAUGCUGCCGCCCGCGCGCCGCGCGUUCCAGCCCUACCUCGACUACGUCCCGCUGCCCUACGCGUACUGAACAACCAACCCCGCGCGGCACAGCUCGCCCCGCCACGUACAACACUCGGGCUUUAACUCUUCCCAUAUCAGGAGCAUAUCUUCCCCGCUUCCGAGCUUCUAUUAGCUACCCGCAAUAUUUUUAUAUUUAUAAAUACUUACCUUUGCGAUGUAGAUACGCAAUUAAUAUACCCUUUUUGAAUAAUCAAGUAUUUUUCGAUAGGUUUAAGCUCUUGGAAUUUACUCCGCGCUAGGCGGAUCGUAUACAGGACUUCCAAACGACAAUAAAGCACGUUGUAUACAGAGUGCAAUUAAACUUUUAUCCGUCAAUUCCCUAUUGUAACGAAUUUGACAAUAAAAAUCAUAAAAUCUGACAAUAAAUCUGUAUGUUUUACAAUCGGUGUUUAGAGUUAAGUAGUAAGAUUUAACUUUAUUACUUAUAUUAAGGGAUGAUAAUGGAAUAUUCGGCGAGAGCCGCCGCUCACAAUUUGAGCAUAUAAUCUUAGGCCCAUCUCUCACGAGGCAACUCUCAAGCGAUUAUUUACUAACUUCAUUUCGCACACGGCGAAACGCAUCGACGACGCGUUUGAUAUAAAUCGUACGAUACUGUCUUUCUGACGGUCUAGCACGGAAUGCGUUCUCCCGCGCGAAACCAUACAUCUAGCGCGACUAUUCAAGUAAGAAUCUUCGCUCUCUAACGCAAGUUGUGCUAAACCGCCUGGUCGCACGCUAGUCGUGUCGUAUACACGUUACAUCUCAGUCGAGUAGCAUAUUUGAAUAGUUUCGUGAGAGAAGAGCCUCAUUGUUUCUUUUAAGUCGCGAAUUUCGCGCAAUGCUUUUGAACUAGGAGGCACAGUCUGAGCCCGACGGCCUCAUCUUGAUCUCUGUUCGAGCUGAACGCUCUCUAUAUCCUAUAAGUUAAGAAACAUCACUAUUUUACUUGUAAUUUAUGGUAGUCGUAGCCAGUUAAUUAUAUGUAUAUUUUACAAUUUAUGUACAUAUAUUUUUUGUAAUAUUCGUAAUACGUACAUGUUUGUUGCCUACCAAUUUAUCUAAUACUAUGAAAUGACUACACUGGAAUCCUAUGGAACGCAAUAAAAUUCAAUGACUAGUCCAAUUCCAAAUAAUUCCUAUAGAUUCUUGAAAUAGAAACCCAUAAUUAAUAACUGUGAAGGAUAAUAAAAUAAUCUUUAAAAUACUGUAGUCCUUUGACGUUUUAUCAGUAUAAUUUAUCGUUGUGAUUAGUGCUAAGUAUAUCGUUACUUGUAUGAUACUCCAAAAGCCUUCGAGACGGCUAGUCGGUCCCAAGUGAGGUAAAUGCAAUCUUCUCGAGCAUAUGUGAUCACAAUAAGCCAUUUAAACUCUUUGUAUUAAAUUUUAACAGGUCACAUGUCAAAGUUAUGUUCGAGAAUGCUCCACGGUCCGACACAAAUGCUUUAACUACAAUUAAAUGUUUCAUGUUUAUUGUAAUAGUAAAUAUUGUAAAUUAGCGAUUGGCGUUUUGUGCGAACGCAGCUUUUUUUAGUAUCUGUGUACCCUAUAUAGGUGUAGGUGAACGCAGCCUAAGGUGAUGUUUUAAAAGUUUUAAAACUAAUGAAUGUACUGUAUCUGUGGCCUCGGACUUACAGCAUUUCAAAUUGUGAGUCUUAACAAAAUUAAAAAGCAUGUUUUACGACGCUCAAGUUCAGUUUACAUGAUUCCUAUACCGUUUUUCGCACUGAAGGACAAGGCUGUAAUCUAAGGAAGUUGUUACCUAUUUGUGUACUAUAUUUAUUAUUAUAUCUAUCGACUUGAUAAGUAUUGACGCGAUACGUCGAUUAACCUCACAGACUAUAAAAUUUGGCUUUAAAAUAUAUUACACAUGUAUUAUGGCUUUAAGCGAGUCAAUGAAUUCAUUAACUUCUAUUUAUUGAGGUGAGUUACAGCUUGGCUGCGCUUGGUUCGGUCGGCGGUACCUUAAGGCUUGAUCUUAAGGCUCAACCGCAGGCUCAACUGAAGGCUAGAGCAGCCGAACUAGCCAAAGUCACAACCGCUAUAGUCUAAACGAAGAAUCGCUUUGUCUCUCUCUAUAUCUUCAGUGCAACAGAGACAGUUGCGUUUCGAAGAAGAGACAGUUGACGAUGGCUAUUCGCCAGGUUCGAUCGAACACAGCCCGGCCCGGCUUCGCUCGGCUAUCCUAUAUGUUACUAGCGAAACAUUAUUACAUAAUUUUCUAACAAUAUUCUGUAGAGUUUUACAAAUUAUUUUAUUGUCUUUUAAAACUCAUAGGUAGUUAGCGUAUAAUACAAAUGAGUAGUGUUUAUUGACCGCGUAUUGCAAUUUGAAUAGGUGUUUAAUUACGUAAUAUCUUGAAUUUCGGUAAGAGUAGAGAUUUCGCAGUUUGCAAUGGCUGCGUGUUCUGACGUCACUACAGUUAGAAAACUGCAUUUUGUCUAUACCGAGUACCCGCUAUAGUCACGGGAAAUUUUAGACAAUAAUAAAAAACCGAUAAAAUAAAAAAUCUUUGGAUGAAUGUUGGGCUUAUAAUAAAACCGCAUUUAAAGUUAGCAAUUAUGUUAAGAAAACACAGUGACGUCAUUUGAAAAACUAUUGCGCAAUAUCAUAUGAAAUAAUCAUAUCAUAUGACGUAUAUCAAUAUACAAAUAUAUCAAGAACGCGUGUGUGAAUAAAAUAUGACAAUAAAAAAGGGAAACUGAAAAACAUUCCAUUCUCUUGAAAGUUUACCCUUGACCUCUAAAUGGUUUAACAGUAUUUAUCUGUAUAACUGGUCAAAAAAUUAUUAGCUAUAUAAACAUAGAUGUUAUUCUAAAUAUCCAGUGCGGUCUUGUCAAGGAGACAAUAAUGACAAAUGACAAUAAAUGACAAUAAGGGGAAUCUUUGCUAGUGUAAGAUCUUGCGCCAGACCGCUACUGUCGAAUAGAUACUUAUACACGUAAACUACCCAUAAUACUUAAUGUUUUGAAAUGUAACUAUAUUAAUUGGUGGUUUUUUUGAAAAUAAAGAUAGUUACU